UAUUCGAUUAUAUUAUUUAGGCUCGCAAAACAUCGCCGACUCCUCAGGAGAGUCUCAUAGGCGGGUCGUGCGCCCUAGCGCGGUCCCCGAUCGUCGUUUGAAACGCGAGACUGUGCUCACCACAGCCGCAGCGCACGUUUGCGGAAACGAUGCCCGAAAUUUGUCCCAGUGGUUUCGUGGAGGACAUCGAGGACGUGGUACGAUCGGCCGAGGAUGUCUUCUUGCCAAAGACGCGUAGCGAGGUCGUUCCUCGCGUCAGGAGGCAUAAAGAUGCUCCUGAUGCAUGCGGCGACAGUUUCUUGCCAGGCACCCACAAGAUUCACGUGAAAACCUGGGGCUGUGCCCACAACAGCUCCGACAGCGAGUACAUGGCUGGUCAGCUAGCUGCCAAAGGAUACACAAUCGUCGACGAUGCCAGAAGUGCGGACCUGUGGCUGCUCAACAGCUGCACGGUGAAGAACCCCGCCGAGGACCACUUCCGGGGUGCCAUCGAGGCGGCCCUGCAGCAGGGCAAGAAGGUGGUGGUAGCGGGAUGCGUCUCCCAGGCGGCGCCCAACGUGGGAUACCUCCGCGGCCUAAGCAUCGUCGGCGUGCAGCAGACUGACCGCGUCGUUGAGGUGGUUGAGGAAACCCUCAAAGGCAACUCCGUUCGGCUCCUGGGUUCCAAGAAGGAAGGCCGACGGAAAGCCGGCGGGGCCCCACUGACCUUGCCGAAGAUUCGACGCAACCCGCUUAUCGAGAUUAUUGCCAUCAAUACAGGCUGCCUCAAUCGAUGCACCUAUUGCAAGACGAAGCACGCCCGCGGUGACUUGGGCAGCUACUCAAUCGACGAACUGGUGGCACGAGCAAAGCAGGCAUUCGAAGAAGGCGUGCGCGAGAUCUGGCUGACCUCAGAAGACACGGGAGCGUACGGUCGAGACAUUGGGGUCACACUACCUGACCUGCUGCGGGAGAUGGUGCAGGUCAUACCCGAGGGCUGCAUGCUACGACUCGGCAUGACAAACCCACCCUACAUUCUUGACCACUUGGAGGACAUGGCCGAGAUCUUGAACAAUCCCCGUGUGUACUCCUUCCUUCACGUCCCCGUGCAAUCUGGGAGCGACCCUGUGCUGACCGAAAUGCGAAGAGAAUACACCGUCGCACAGUUCCGCAGUGUGGUGGACCACCUACGGAAAGCUGUUCCAGGAAUCACAAUUGCUACAGACAUCAUAUGCGGAUUUCCCACGGAAACCGAAGAAGACUUCGAGGAAACGAUGCAGCUGGUUCGAGACUACGAGUUCCCUUCGCUCUUCAUCAACCAGUUUUAUCCGAGGCCCGGCACCCCUGCGGCCAGCAUGAAACGAAUUCCUACGCACAUAGUUAAGGAAAGAACGAAGCGGUUGUCUGAGCUGUUCCAGUCGUAUGUACCGUACAACCAUCGUGUCGGCGAACGACAUACAGUCCUCGUGACCGACAAAGCCCACGACCAGAAGCACCUGGUUGGUCACAACAAGUUUUACGAGCAGAUUUUGCUACCCAUGGAAGACCAGUACAUGGGGCAGUUGGUGGACGUCGAAAUCACCAGCGGCGGAAAGCAUUUUAUGCACUGCAACGUCGUCGGUAUCAACACGGCACUUGACCGAAUGCUUCCCAAGCCACUUCCCAAAGGUCAGGUCUCGGGCAUCAAGUCGAGUCAAGACACCAUCCAGAGCCAGCGAGUGCAGCAAUCAUACGUCAUGUGCUCGGGACACUGCUUACUGGUGGCCGUGACAGCUGUCUUAGUAGCUGUGGCUGGCGUCGUGAUAGCAUACACACAAGGGCUUGUUUUGAAAUAAAAACAAGAGUACAUGA